UGAAGCACGUCGAUUCAUUUAGUACAAAAUAUUUUUCUCUUUUGUUGUUACUUGUAAUUAUUUAUUUUCUGAAAUGCCUACUAAAAAGCGAUCACAGUCUUUGCAAUCUCCAAAGGGGGUAGAAACCUUGAUCCAUAAUCGAGAAGCAGUAGUUGCCGACAUUUUAAGGUUAAAGGCAAACUUACUAGAAGGCAAUGUUGCAAAAAGUCCUAGUGAACUAGAGUGUAGAUUGGAAAUACUUGACUCUUACAUUGACAAAGCGAUGCAAUACCAGAGCAAAAUAUUUGACCUGGAUCCUACUGAUGACUAUAGGGCUGUUUUAGAAGAUAUUUGUGUUUCAACUAAAUCCUUGUUUUUACAAAAGUUGAAAAAACAUCGCCUUGUUAGCGCCCCUGCAAUCUCGCACCACUGUGGUCGACCGCAAUCGAAGUUGCCAAGCAUGCGACUACCAAAAUUCAGCGGCAAAUACUGUGAAUAUAAAAAUUUCAUUAGUUUGUUUGAAAGCCUUGUUCAUAGUGAUGAAACUCUUACGGACAUUGAAAAAUUCAACCAUUUACUGUCAUGUUUGUCAGAUGAAGCUCUUGGUACUGUGAAGGCCUUUCAAGUCACUGAGAGGAAUUACCCAAAAGCGUUAGCCAGUCUUAGGAAGGUGUACGACAACAAUUGUCUCAUUUUUUCCGACAAUAUUAGUAAGCUUUUCGAUCUCCCAGUAAUUCACAAACCGUCUGCUGCAUCUUUGCGCACUACAAUUGGCACUGUGUCUGCCAUCUAUGAUUCCCUUCUUUCAAUAGGAGAUGAUAAGAAUAUCACCAAUGCAAUUCUUAUUCAUUUAGUCAUGCAAAAGGUGGAUUCAGUCACAAAAUCAAAAUGGGAAGAACAGCUGGACUACAACACUUUGCCAUUAUGGAGUGACUGUGAAGCAGCUCUUAAUAAAAGGUUCCAACAUCUAUCAGCGGACGAGACCUCUUCUACAAAGCAUAAAAAAUCAGUGCCAGAGUGUGACCAAAAACCCGGUGUUAAACGGGACAAACGCAGCUUUAAAUCCUCCUUUGUCUGCAACAAGCUGAAUCAAUCCAAUGAUCCCAAAUGCGUAUAUUGUAUGUCUAAUAUCCAUAUGAUAACGAAGUGUACAUCAUUUGCUGAAUUGCCUGUGUCACAACGGUUCGACGCAGUCAAGGCAAUUCCAGCGUGCAUAAACUGUUUAAAAAAAGGGCAUUCUGUUUCAGCAUGUAAAUCAUCACGUUGCAGAGUGUGUGCGGGACAACAUCACACACUACUGCACAAAUACACUCCAAUCAUCCCUCACGCAACUGUAAGUUCUGAUUCCGAUCGCGUUUUUGUAAAUCAUAGUGCUACUAAGUGCGACCAGGUAAUUUUGGCGACAGCACUAGUUACUGUAAAGAGUAAGUCUGGAGAGUACCGAACAGCCAGAGCCUUACUUGAUUCCGGUUCUCAAACAAAUUUCAUGACCGAGGAGCUUGCACAACUAUUGCAGUUAAGAAGGGAAGAUGGAUGCCUUAAUUUAAUUGGAAUUGGUAAGAUAAAUACCACAGUUAAGCAUAAGUUACAUGCGACUGUGAGAUCGCGAGUCAAUUCUCAUGAAUUCUCAGCCGAUUUUUGGGUAUUGCGAACAAUAUCCACCUACCAACCAAAUCAUAAUAUAUCUACCGCCAGUUGGAAGAUUCCGGCAAACAUUGAGCUUGCUGAUCCAUAUUUCUACAAGUCACAAAGAAUUGAUCUUCUUCUUGGUGCUGAAACGUUUUUCGAACUUCUAUCAGUCGGACAAAUAAAACAAAGUCCGAAUCUCCCCACGCUGCAGAAAACAUUACUUGGCUGGACUGUGUCUGGAAAAUAUCAAAGCAAUAGAAAUGUUGAGCCCCAUGCUAAUGCCUUAACUGUUUCACAAGAUGAUGACACUGUAGUUAGCUCAUUGUUGCAAAAAUUUUGGGAACUUGAAGAAAUUCCCAAUAGUGAAAAAACCGCCACGCUCAUACCUGAGCACAAACUUUGCGAGGAUAAAUUCUUGUCGUCAGUGCAACGCUUACCAUCGGGGCGAUUCAAAGUUUCUCUUCCUUUCAAGUCUGAUUCCCGCAACCUUGGGCUAUCAUUUGAGACAGCUAAGCGUCGUUUCUUGUCACUAGAGCGUAGACUUUCUAAAGAUGCUGCUCUGCAUGAUUUAUAUAUGGACUUUAUGAAAGAAUACGUAAAUCUAGGUCACAUGACUUUAUCAACUCGCAACUUCUCUGUAUCUCCCCACUACUUCAUACCACAUCAGUGCGUAUUAAGACCACAAAGUACAUCUACAAAACUUCGUGUAGUCUUCGAUGCUUCUUCGAGAACAUCAACUCAACUGUCAUUAAACGACAUAUUACUGGUGGGUCCGACGAUACAAGAAGAAUUGUACACAAUGUUGCUCCGUUUCCGUAUGCAUAAAUAUGCAUUAACUGCUGACAUUACUAAAAUGUACCGUCAAGUUUUGAUUGACGAGGCAGAUCGCGACUUUCAACUCAUUCUGUGGAGGGAAAGUCCAAACGAAGAAUUGAAGACUUACCAAUUGAACACUGUGACAUACGGAACAUCCUCUGCACCAUUUUUAGCAACUCGAUGUUUACGCCAUCUAAGUGAUCUCAAUCAAUCAACGCUUCCAAUUGGUUCCAAUGUUAUUCGAACCGACUUCUAUGUUGAUGACUUGCUGACAGGUGCAGAUUCAUUUAAUGAACUCGAAACAAUUCGAAGGCAAGUCACCCAAAUUCUGGAGACAGCUGGGUUCCAGUUAGCCAAAUGGUUCUCAAACCACCCCACCUAUCAGGACGAUAAGCAGUUGAAAAAAUCAUUGAAUAUAACCGAUAUUGAUACAACGAAAGCACUAGGCAUACAGUGGCAUACCACAAAAGAUGUGUUUAGGUUUCAGUUGGACGACACUUACCUAAAUUUGCGUGCAACAAAAAGAAAUAUCUUAUCGAUAUCAGCUCGUCUAUUCGACCCCCUUGGCUUAUUAUGCCCAAUUGUUGUGAAAGCAAAAAUUUUAUUGCAAGAAUUGUGGUUACAGAAACUUGACUGGGACGAAUCCAUACCCAUGCGUCUUGACACUGCUUGGCAGGCCUUUAAGAAUGACUUGAAACAGUUAAACUUAAUUUCAAUUCCGCGAUAUGUUAAUUUGCAUUUUAAUGUUAAAUGCCAAAUUCAUGGUUUCGCUGAUGCAUCAGUGCGAGCAUAUGGCUGCUGUCUAUACGUAAGAUGUGAAACGUCAAAUGGUUUCAAGUGUGAGUUGCUUACUGCUAAAUCAAAAGUUGCUCCUCUGAAAACCAAAUCUUUACCUCGGUUAGAGUUAUGCGCUGCACAUCUGCUUGCUAAAUUGUGGAAUAGAAUCCGUGUAAUGUUCCAUCACAACAUCGACGAGGUAGUUUUUUGGACCGAUUCAACAAUCACACUACAUUGGAUCAAAACGCAUCCGUCAACACUUUCAACAUUCGUGGCGAACAGGGUUUCAGAGAUACAAGAAUGGUCAACUAAUAUAACAUGGCGACACGUGCAGUCACAGCACAAUCCUGCUGACAUAGUAUCCAGAGGAUGUAACGUUACUGAACUAGUCAGUUCAAUUUGGCAAACUGGGCCUGAAUACCUGUCGCAAGAUGUUGCCAAGUGGCCAAUUAAAAUAGCGCCAAUAAUCACUUCGGAUCAAGAAUCUCUGGAAACAAGGAAAACAAAAGCUGUGUUUAUCGUAUCGGAAGAACCCUCAAACGCAAUUUUGAAGUUAGUCGGUACUCAGUCAUAAUACAUGAAGCUCAUGCGAAUUGUUGCGUAUAUACUCCGAUUCAUAAAUCGCGCUAGGAAAUGUCAAAAAGAGAUAUCACUAAUCCUAAGUGUCAAAGAAUUAAAUGGCGCUUUCUUAAAGGUCGUGGAACAGGUUCAAAAAAAUGCAUUUCAAGAUGAGAUAUAUGCACUGAUGAAGAAACAGCUGUUAAAACCAGGCAUGCAGAAACUUACUCCAUUUCUGCACGAUACAAAUUGUGGCCCCAAUAAAGUAACACUGUUACGUGUGGGAGGCCGGUUGCUCAAUGCCCCAAUUAGCCAUGAUUCCAAGUUUCCACUCCUCAUGCCAAAAAAUUGCCAUUUUAUUAAUAUCUACUUAAGGCAUCUACAUUUAAAUAAUUGUCAUGCAGGUCCCAAGGCGUUAGGGUCAAUUUUGCGGCAAAAGAUAUGGCUUGUUAACGCGAAAGCAGCUUGCAGUAAAACUGUAAGAAGUUGCACACAUUGCUUUCGCUAUAAACCGAAACUUCUGACUCAAAUAAUGGGAAAUUUGCCAACUGAUCGAGUCACAGCAACGCGUCCUUUUUUGAUUUCAGGUGUUGAUUUUUGUGGUCCCAUGUAUACAACAUUAAAAAUACGUGGUCGACCACCAGUUAAAACAUACAUUGCCGUUUUCGUUUGCUUCACGUCUAAGGCUGUACAUUUUGAACUAGUCUCUAAUUUAACUUCUAAUUGUUUUAUUCUUUGUCUUAAAAGGUUCGUGGGACGGAGAGGAUUGCCAGAUCGAAUUUACUGCGACAACGCAACAAAUUUCGUGGGAGCCUGCCGAGAGCUGAAAGAACUGCAACAAACGUUCAAAGUACAGAAAGACCAGCUGGUGUCAUAUGCUGCACAAGAGGGAAUCGAGUUUGUCUUCAUACCGCCUCGCGCACCACAUUUCGGAGGAUUGUGGGAAGCCGCCGUCAAGUCCGCGAAACAUCUAUUACUUCGAACAGCGGGCAGCGCAAUGCUAACCAACGAGGAACUGCAAACAUUGGUAAUUCAGGUGGAAGCCGUUCUCAAUUCAAGACCAAUCGAACCUCUCAGCCAAGAUCCAAACGACGGUCAAGCACUAACACCAGCACAUCUACUAAUAGGGGAUUCUCUGCGCACGCUGCCGCAAGAAUCAACGCUCGACGUGCAAAACAGCAAUCUGAAUUAUGCGCAGAGAUGGCGGCUGCUAUGCGAGCUCAAACGCAGAUUCUGGCGGGCCUGGUCCAAGGACUAUAUCCUCAACUUGCAAACAAAAACCAAAUGGAUCUUGGAACAGCCGAACGUAGCAGUCGGCCGUCUCGUCGUUGUCCACGAAGACAAUCUUCCCCCUCACCAAUGGUUGAUCGGCAGGGUCCAAGGUACGGUAGUCGGGAGCGACGGCAGGGUACGAGUGGUAGACGUUAGAACAAAG